UCUGAAUCGGGUGGAUGGAGAAAAAUCCACACCUUUCUUUCUUUUGUUUGAAACCUUAUUAUUAAAAUCUUCAAUAGCUCUUAGACAAAGCGUGCCAUGACUAUGAAAACGAUAUAUUAUGAAUCGGUGGAGGAAUCCACAUCUUUUUUUUAAUAGACAUUUCAGAUUUUUCUCCAUCCACCUGAUUCAGAAUAUACUGUACCACCUUCAUAGUCAUGGCAUGCUUGGUUCAAUAGCUAUUGACUAGAGAAAGCCGAAUAUCCAAUAUAAAACCAAUAUUACUUCGGCCUGCUUGUUUGGUGAAAGUGUUGCUUCCUUGUCCUAAGACGAGCUAUCAUGAGUCCCUAAUUGUCAACUCCCACAGUUUACGACUGAAUUGUGAUGGGAGAUGGCGGCACCAGAAACUCAGCUCAUGCUAAGCAUUGGAUUAAUUGAGAAAGACGUGAAUGCAGACACCUUGUGGGUGUGGUGCUAUCCCUCAGUCAGUGCUGAGCUCCGGGAGGUCCUGCUCAGUAAGUGCUGUCUCACACAAGACAGCCAGGGCCUGAACACCUUUGUGUUCGGCCAGUUCUGCCGUACCUGGUACUACAUAUCCACUGUAGAGGUACAGGAACCCACCGCCCUAAAGAAGGUCACACAUUUUUCAUUAGUUGUCACAGCAAAGGACUUCAACCCUGAGAAGUAUGCAGCAUUCAGUCGAGUACUAUGCAGAAUGUACAUCAAACAUGGGAGCCCAGUGAAAAUGGUGGAGGGUUACAUUGCAGUCCUCACCAAAGGCAUCUGCCAGAGUGAUGAGAAUGGCUCCUUUCUCAUCAAGGACUACGAUGUCAGGAAGGCGUACUUAGCAGGCUCAGUGAAAGAUGUGGUGUCCCAAUUUGGGAUGGAGACCAUCAUCCUGUACACAGCCCUUAUGCUAAAGAAGAGGAUUGUGGUCCAUCACCCUCGGAUUGAAGCACUGUUGGAGUUCACAAGAGCUCUUCCAGCUCUGACAUGGCACAGGAAAGACUGGUCCAUUCUGCACCCUUAUGUCCACCUGACUGACAGUGAGCUGGAGAAUCUCAGGACAUGCACUGGAUAUGUGGCAGGAUUUGUUGACCCACAAGUGAGCAACAGACCGGACUUGUUUGAUGUGUAUGUAAACCUCCCAGAUACUGAGAUUACCGUAUCCCAGAGUGCCAAAGAGGCCAUGGCUAUGGGAAAGUUGCACAAAGACAUUGGCCUCGUCAUUGUCCAGUCUGCAGAGGAUGCUGAUAGAACAGAUGGGCAGGUUAUCAAGGACAUUUCCAUAAAGACGAGGGAGAUCCUUGCUAACCUGGCGUCCUUAGCUGAGGACUGUGAGGACUCUAAAAUCACCCUGGAGACCUUAAAGCAGCGUCACUUCCCACCUGCUACCGAAAACUUCUUGUUCCACUUGGCAGCUGCUGAGCAGCUUCUCAAGAUAUGACCCUUGACCUCCUACAUCAUCUGGUGUGAGGUCACUCUGAAUAUUAGCAUGGGUAUUCAUCUAUGUAAUUAUACAUACAGUGCGUUCGGAAAGGAUUCAGACUCCUUGACUUUUUCCACAUUUUGUUACAUUACAGCCUUAUUCUAAAAUGUAUCAAAUAGUUUAUGUAUAAAAAAACAACCUGAUAUCACAUUUACAUAAG